AUCUUGUCCAAGCCCAACCAAAUAUCCUCAAAAUAUAAACCUCCUUCCCUUCAAUAUUUCGCCACAUUGAAACCUAUUCACACAGUCAUAGCAUCUGCGGUAGACUUCAAAUCAUUGCAACAAAUUCAAGCUUGAUACAUACCCUCAUUGUUCACCCAUCGACGCAUUCCAGUCAAUUUUCAUCGUUUCUUCACAUUUCAUCAUGCGACUCUUAAAAUCGCAAAUAGACAAAAAGGAUGGCGCAGGAUAUGCGUCACUCCUCCCAGAAGAGCCCGAAGACAUGUGGCACGCAUACAACCUAAUCCAACCAGGCGACCUACUCCGCGCGCGCGCCGUGCGCCGCGUAUCCAAAACCUCCGACAGCGGCUCUGUCGCCUCGCAGCGCAUAGUCCUGAACCUCACGAUAUCGGUGACCUCGACGGACUUCGACAUCGGCAGCGGGCAGCUCCACGUAGCGGGGCGCGUCGCCAACGAGAACGAGCACGUCAAACUCGGCUCGCACCAUACGCUCGACCUCGAGCUGAACCGCGACUUCUCGCUGGAAAAGGCGGACGGGUGGGACAGCAUUGCGCUUGAGAUCCUGCGCGAGGCGUGCGACACGGAGCGGAAGGCGGAGCUGUGGGCUGUCGUUAUGGGCGAGGGUGUGGCAAAUAUCUGCUUGAUAACCGAGCACCAGACGAUACCGCGGCAGAAGGUCGAAGUGUCGGUGCCGAGGAAGCGGAAGGGUGGACUCGAUGGUCACGACAAGGGGAUGGAGAAGUUUUUCAGCACGACGCUGGCCACGUUAUUACGACACAUCGAUUUGGCGGAGAAGGCAAAAGAGGAUAAGACUGUUCCUUUGCUGCUAGCGAGUCCGGGGUUCGUUGCGCAGACGUUUCUGCAGUACAUCAAGAGCGAGGCGACGAGGACGACAAAUAAGCCAUUGCUUGCUGCGGUCCCGAAUAUACUAGUGGCGCAUUCGUCGUCAUACCACGUUCAUGCGUUGAAGGAAGUGCUGGCAUCGCAGGGUGUGCUGUCGAAACUCUCCGACACGAAAUUCGCGCGUGAGACAUCACUCAUGGAUAAGUUCACAACGCUGAUCCGACAAGACGACGGACGGGCGUGGUACGGACCUCGUGAGGUCGAGCGUGCCGUGGAGAAGGGGGCGGUGGGGAGAGGAGGUGGUGUGCUGCUUAUAUCGAACGCGCUGUUCAGAGCACAGGACGUCAAGGAGAGGAAACGGUGGGUUGCUCUGGUCGACCGGGUGCGAGAGGUAGAGGGUGGCGAGGUCAGAGUGCUGAGCAGUCUGCACGAGAGUGGGAAGCGAUUGGAAGGAUUGGGAAAUAUAGCUGCGAUAUUGACGUUCCCGCUCGAGGACCUUGAUGAGGAGGAGGAGGAGGUCGCGGACGGACAGACAGAGCAAGAGGAGACGAUGGUGAUAUGAUAGUACUGCAUAGACAUGAGCCAUAGAUGUUACGAACGAAAACGAGAUAUCCAAAC